UGCACUUUGCCUCCUAGUUGAAGUCUGUGACGACUGCUUGUGCUGCGCCGUUGCUCCCGGGAUGGCUGCCCUGGUUGUAAACAAGCCUGGAGCAGCUCUAGACAGUGGCCGGCAGGCCAGCCGGGGGACGGCCGUGGUGAAGGUGCUGGAAUGUGGAGUUUGUGAAGAUGUCUUUUCUUUACAAGGAGACAAAGUCCCUCGCCUUCUGCUUUGUGGCCACACAGUCUGUCAUGACUGUCUUACCCGCCUGCCGCUUCAUGGAAGAGCAGUCCGAUGCCCAUUUGAUCGACAGGUGACAGACCUAGGUGAUUCAGGUGUUUGGGGAUUGAAAAAAAAUUUUGCUUUAUUGGAGCUUUUGGAACGACUACAGAAUGGACAUAUUGGUCAGUAUGGAGUUGCAGAAGAAGACAUUGGGGUAUCUGGAGAGAGUAUCACUCGUUGUGAUGAAGAUGAAGCUCAUGUUGCAUCUGUAUAUUGCACUGUAUGUGCAACUCACUUGUGCUCAGAGUGUUCCCAAGUUACCCAUUCUACAAAGACAUUAGCAAAGCACAGGCGAGUGCCUCUAGCUGAUAAACCUCAUGAAAAAACCAUGUGCUCUCAGCAUCAAGUGCAUGCCAUUGAGUUUGUAUGCUUGGAAGAAGGUUGUCAAGCUAGCCCACUUAUGUGCUGUGUCUGCAAAGAAUACGGAAAACACCAAGGCCACAAGCAUUCAGUAUUGGAACCAGAGGCUAACCAGAUCCGAGCAUCAAUUUUAGAUAUGGCUCACUGCAUACGGACCUUCACUGAGGAAAUCUCAGAUUAUUCCAGAAAAUUAGUUGGGAUUGUGCAGCACAUCGAGGGAGGAGAACAGAUAGUAGAAGAUAGAAUUGGAAUGGCUCACACAGAACAUGUACCAGGUAGUGCAGAGAAUGCCCGGUCAUGUGUCAGAGCUUAUUUUUCUGAUCUACAUGAAACUCUUUGUCGUCAAGAAGAAAUGGCUUUAAGUGUUGUUGAUGCCCAUGUUCGAGAAAAACUGAUUUGGCUCAGGCAACAACAAGAAGAUAUGACUAUAUUGUUGUCCCAGGUUUCAACAGCCUGUCUUCAUUGUGAAAAGACUUUGCAGCAGGAUGACUGUAGAGUUGUCUUGGCAAAACAAGAAAUCACAAGGUUACUGGAAACGUUACAGAAACAACAGCAGCAGUUUACAGAAGUUGCAGAUCACAUUCAGUUGGAUGCCAGCAUUCCUGUCACAUUUACAAAGGACAACAGAGUUCACAUUGGACCAAAAAUGGAAAUUCGAGUUGUUACUUUAGGAUUAGAUGGUGCUGGAAAAACUACUAUUUUGUUUAAGUUAAAACAGGAUGAGUUCAUGCAGCCCAUUCCAACAAUUGGAUUUAAUGUGGAAACAGUAGAAUAUAAAAAUCUAAAAUUCACUAUUUGGGAUGUAGGUGGAAAACACAAAUUAAGACCAUUGUGGAAACACUAUUACCUCAAUACACAAGCUGUUGUAUUUGUUGUUGAUAGCAGUCAUAGAGACAGAAUUAGUGAAGCACACAGUGAACUUGCAAAGUUGCUAACAGAAAAAGAACUCCGAGAUGCUUUGCUCCUGAUUUUUGCUAACAAACAGGAUGUUGCUGGAGCACUUUCAGUAGAAGAGAUCACUGAACUUCUUAGUCUGCAUAAACUGUGCUGUGGCCGUAGCUGGUAUAUUCAGGGCUGUGAUGCUCGAAGUGGUAUGGGACUAUACGAAGGGUUGGACUGGCUUUCACGGCAACUUGUGGCUGCUGGAGUAUUGGAUGUUGCUUGACUUUAAAUGUAGCAGUUGCUUAAUGUUUUGUGGUUAAGGGUUACUUUGCAUAUAAUAUGUUGUAAAGAUAGUAGUUAAUCUCAAAGAUAGUAGUUAAUUUAGGGUGUGUAUAGAAAAGGAAUCUUGGAUUGGGAAUUCAGUACAAUAUUACUUUACAAAAUUAUUCUUUGGGGAAAUUUAAAUAUAUAACUGAGCAGAUUAGAUUGGAUUAAAUAGGAAAUUUUUGAAAUUUACAUUUUUUAAAAAAAGUAAAUUUGUUAUUUAAAGUUUUUAGAUUAUACGUGACCCAUAUAUUGGGGCAGAAGUAGUCAUAGAGAAAGGGCAAAUGGAGGUUUAUUCUUUCAAUGAAAAAAGAAUAGUCAGCUUAGUGCCUAAUGGAACCUCUGUUGUGAAGCAAAGCUUCUUUAACUUGCCUUUUCAUGAAAUUUUGGCAGUAUUUAGUAGCAAAAAUGGCAAUGGUUUAAUGAAAUCAAAUCCAAACUGCAUCUCUGGCUAAUAGGACUUCUUUACAUUUAUGUUCAGGAUACCUGAAUACAUUUAAUACUAAAAAGUAUAAGCUAUAUACUGAGAAUAUUAAUUUUUUAUAGUGUUUCAUUAAAACUUUCUCCUAAAACAUUUUGUAUAAAACAUGGUGAGAAAUAAUAAAAUGUUACACAACUAGGCCUGAUUGUCAGAUUAUUGAACAAUAAAUAAUAAAACUGUGAAAGUCAGAUUAUGUUCUAGUUUCUUUUCACUUAUGAAAGACCCAUUUCCAGAGCUGAACCUAGAUUUAACUAUUAUUUCCUAGGUCAGCACUCUAAGUUGGUCCUUAUAUAUCUUAACACAGGCAUAGUACUUAGUAGUGUUUCUUUUUAAAUUAUCAUAUCCUUAGUGACUGUAGGUAAACACGUAGUGAAUUAGAGUCAGGUAGGCUUUACAUAAAGGAUAGAUGCCUAAAUACCUUUAUCUUAAGAGAAAAGUCGUUUAAACAGUGGGAAAUGCUUAUUACGUCAAUUACUUUACAGUAUUUUCCCCAAAUAAGUGCAUUUAUCUUGAUAAUAAAAUGUGAUGAAGGUGCUUCUUAAUAAGGCCUUGAAAAGUUAACAGGAACAGCAUGUCUGAAGAAGGAAAAGAAGAAAAAUGUUCAAAAAGUUUACGUCACUUUUAUGAUGCAGUGUUCUGAGUAAAAGUUUAAAACUUGUGCUCUUUACUGUUUUUCGGUUUUUAAGGUUAUUCUUAUUAUGAAAACAUGAUUUAUUAUAUUUUAAAACAGCUAGAUUGAGAUUUCAUGUCUUUUUAAUGCUCUUUAUAUUCUAGGAUGAAGUUGAAUCCUAAAUCUAUUAAUUGAAUUAUCUUAAGGACAUAGAUGUCUGAUAAGAUUUGGCCUUAGGUGGCACUGUUUUGGUUCAGUCUUUUCAAAUGUAUUUUUGUUUAUUUAAAAAAAACAAAACUUUUAGGAAACAAAGCAUUAAAAAAAGCCCAUCAAUGUUACGGGCACCAUGUAAAUAAGUAACUAUAAUAUAUCAUCCUUUAUUUUUCAAGUAUAACGUCAUGCUGUUACAAGUAUAGUUUGUGUACAUAUUUCUAAAUUAAAUUAUUUAAUAUCUGUCAUUUCAGUUUAACUGUGAAAAAUAAAAAAGGUCUUGCGUUUGCCUGUGAGCCCUUGAGCUGUUUUCUCUAUUAGGUAAUUUGAAAAAAAAAAGAACCCAACUCUAACACUUACAUAUGAACUUGCUUCCCUUGUAAAUUAUUUAUUUUACCAAUUUUGUUUAACUUUGUAAUUCACAUUCUUAACAUAUUACUGAAUACAAGUUGAAAACUGUUUAAACCUAUGGUUAAUUGUGGUUAUAAGGUAUUUGACUGUAGUGUUUGUGUAUGAUUUUUUUUUAAGAAUGUUUUUCUCAGGUUCUUACCACUAUUUGUUAUUGUAUUCUUUCACUAAUCAUUAGUUAAGAAUGUACUAAUUUCCCCUGGGAAAUGCCAAAUUUAAGGAGAGAGAUGCUUUAAAUACAUUUAAUAGAGGAUUUGCCUCAUAGCUCUGAAUUUCCGUAUUAAACCUAAAUAGUAUUAUAUGCUUUACGUAAGGCAGAUUUGUCAAGUGUAUAGUCCUGGUUUAUAAUUCAGGAAUGCUGUAUAACCAUCAGAAGCCAUUAUUUGCAUUACAUAUAUUACAUAUAUAUGAUUAGUAUAGAUAGCAAUAAAAUGUCAAAAUCAUUUUAAAGGAGAAUUCAUUCUUGAAUCAUCUAUCCACUAGUAAUCAAUAUAAAAUGUUGUAUUUGUGCUAGGGUUAAGAGAAAGAAUAAAAUAAAAUGAGAUGGGGAUUGAUUUGCAUGUCAGUUUUGAGAUGAAGUAACUGACUAUUUGCAACUUAGGUUCACAUUUAAAUGAUUGUUUUGAAGGGGAGCUAAAAUUUACAUAGAGCAAAGUGAAACUACUGCUUUUUAAAUUUUUAGCUUUGUUUCUUACAAGAACAUAGCAUUUUGAAUGACUGCUCUAGAAAAUGGCUUUUAAAACUUAGCUGUCACUUAUGAACUAAUAUUGCUAAGAGAAAAGCUUUUUAUGUAACAUUGGGAUGCUUCUCAAUUUGCAAAGUGGUAAUGGAAAGGACUAAUGAAUAAGUAUCAGAUUGCAUCUUGCUGAUAAUUCAUACCAUGCUUUACAAAAGACACCUGGCAGUGAAUAUUUGUAGAUCUAACGAUUCUGUUAAAUUUUUGACAUGGAAUUGAAAAAUACAUGAAUCAAAUAAUUUUUCACUCAAAUUAAAGGAAUUGUAUUCUGGGGGUAUGAGGUAUUAGUACCACCUGGUGGCAGUAUUACCAGAAAUUUAGGAAAAAGCUUUCAGGCAUGAAUAAAUUGAUAGGUAGAUUAAGUUGAGACACUUAAAAUUAGGAAGAAAAGGUAAAUGUCACAGUAAAAAAUCACUUUAUGUUGAACUUUUAUGUUCUACUUUUGUAAAAGAAGGCAUAGUAAAGUAGAGAAAUUUGGCAUAUUCUUCUGAAAAGAGUCUGUGGGUAAAAAAAAAAAGAAUAAAGGAAAUGAUCAUGCUGAUCAACAAAAGCAAAGUUGUAGGCUUAUAUUUAAAGCAUAAGAAUGUGAUAUCUCUAAACAGGUCUGUUAAACAUGUUCUGCCUAUAAGUUUCUUGAAGAGUCUGCAGAAGCAGUGGUUCUUAGUAGUUAGGAAGUAAGCUGAGACGGUAAGUGAAGAACAAAUGAAAUCAAUUAACACAAGACUUAUGACAUACUUUUUUAUAGCUCCAAUUUCUACUAAAUCUCUCCAUUAUUAGAUACUAAAAUUUUUAUUCCAUGUAUAUUUUCUUGAAGUUAUUAAGCCUUAGAAUAUUUACUAAGAAAAGACAUGCUGUAAGUUAAGGAUGGAAAAAAUUGUUUAUAUUUUUGGAAAAAAUAGUGAACUUACAUACAAAACCAAGGAUUCAGAUAUUAAUUUAUUAAUUUAUUCUGAUUCUUCUAUUUGAAGGACUAUUUCAUAAUUACUGAAGAAUUUAAUAGCACUUUUAACCAAAGGAACUUCCUAUUUAUUUAUUGAAACUUUAUUUACCGCUGCUUACUUAUGCUCAAAAGAGAAAACUAUUUGGCACGAAAUACAAAUUUUGUACAAGAAAACAAACCAUACAUAGCAGAUCCUGGUAUCUUUUCUUGGUGAUCUAAGGAAACACUAUAAGGGCAGAAUAUCCAGCAGGUUUUUAAAAAGUUAAGGAGCUUUACAUACCACUAUCAUUAAUAUGAUUUUGAAUAUCUUAAGAAAUUCCCCUUAAGGAGUGCUAUUUGCCCAAGUUUUUUGCAUUUCGAUUUAUCAACUGCCAGGAUGAGAAAUGUCGCAAAAAAAAUCAAAAGCCGACUUUCAACAAAUGGCCUUUAAUGAAAAGUAAACAAAUAUAAUAUUGCAUACUUGAAACAUGAUUUGUAUGUUCAGUGCUAUGUUUAAUAGAUGUUUAGUUUUAUUUGAAAGUACACUGAAACAUCUUUAUUUUACUUGACAGUAAUAUUUAUGAUGCUGACAUCCUCAUAGGGCUUAUCUGUUUUGGGAUUGACUUUGACGUUAGAGAUCCUCUGUACAACUUCCAUUCCUUUAGUAACUCGUCCAAAUACUGUGUGCUUAUUAUCAAGCCAAGGCUGUAUUGGAGGACAAAUGGAAAAUCUUGAUAAACCUGGAGUUCUUAAAUCACACCCUCUGGGUGAGCAAAUUAAUGAGAUUUUAAAUUUAUGCUUCUUUUUAUUACACAGUUAAAAAGUAAAAUAAUUUCAUUUAGUAGUUUUUAAAAGUGAUUUCCAUGUUUAUAUAAAAAUUAUAAAAGAAUAGUAUAAUAACAUUGAAUUAAAUAUCUGCAUUCUUUAGACCAAAGGGAGCUGGAAGAUGUUUGCUAAAGGUAAGUUACUUUGCAUAGCUUAAAGACUUACCGUUAAGGCUAUAAAAGUUCUCUGCAGGAAUCCUACCUUAACUAAUUAAGAGGCAGUAUGGAAUAGUGUAAACAGCAUGUGCUUUGGCAUUAAUCAGAUGGGUGUGCAAAUGUUGGCUCUGCUACUCACUUGGCUUUGGGCAAAUUAAUCCUGUCUCUUUUGUAUCCUCAUCUAUUACUUAAAACUGGGGUAGUGAUACCAGAAGUAUUGUGAAUGCAUACAUAUUUCUCCUUUCUUUAGUGCUUGGUGCUGAAUUCCAAAAAAUAAACUGUGUAAUGUUUUAUAAAUUUGUGGAAUUAUAUAGUAAUAGAGCUAGAAGAUAGUAUACUGUAUUUCAUCAAAUCUAAAAUGCCAUUGAUUAUGAGAUGUAUUCAGGUUUCAGAGAUAUAAAAAUGUGGAAAAAAAUCUUAAAAUCAGGAAUCCAUAUACUCUUAUCUGCAUUUUAAAGAUGAGGAAACAGGCCCAGAGUUGUGAAAUAAUUUUGUUUCAGGCUGCACAAUUACGAGUGGCAGAGUUAGACUUAAAUCAUCCUGAAUCAUGGUCCUUUGUGCUUUCUAUUACAUGAAAUAUUGUUUUACCAAGUAAAAACAGAUUUGUUAGGUAAUUUAACAUUUUCUUCUCUAAAUUGUUUUCAUUCUUACAUCUUGGCAGAUUUAAAUAAAGAUAGAGAAUAAUGUAGUUCCCUUUUCCACUGAAUUCACUCUCUUAGAUCAUGACCUAUGAAUCUCUGGUUUUUAGAACAGUACUAAUGUACUUACUGUUGGUACCACUGUUAUGAAAAACUGGGAUCCAUUAGUAUUCGAUCCAGCAUUGGCCAUGCUGAGUGUAUAUGGUCUGUCAUGUCGUAAUGUUGAAUGAAAUUCAUCUUCAAAUUCUCCUCCCCAUAUACUUUCUCCUCCCAUACCAGUACCUGUUGGAUCUCCAGUCUGAAUCAUGAAGCCCUUAACAGAAAGUAUACAGAAAUCAUAUAAUACUGUCCUUUUCUAUAUGUAUGCUUUGGACUUUUAUUAAUUCCUGCCAAAUGUGCUUUAUAUAAUCAGUGAAAUUUUAACUUCCUUAACAGUCACUCUACAAAGUGACUUGAUUAAAUCCUUAGUAAGCUGUACUUUAAAUUUGGAUGAUGUAUUUCUAUUGCUCAACCAUCAGCUUAUAUGCAGUAAUUGAAACAAAAAUUUUAAAGGUCUUCUCAUGUAUAGACAUGCACAAACUUCCCAGAUAAUCAAUAAUAAAGUCAAUAAUUCAAACCAGUUGAUAAUACUGUGUAAGUAAGUCUUAGGAUCUGGAUCUGUACAGUAUUUUAUGUCUUAUAAAAUGUGCAAGAAAAUAAAGUUGUAGGAUGUCUACAAUUGUUACUUCCCCAGAGUGAAUUUCUUUGCCUUCCUAUUAGCUCGUCACAUAAAUACUCAUCACAUAGUACAUUCAUAUGCCUGUCUCUUCCCACCAGUUGAGUUCCUUAAAGGCAGAAACUAUUUUAUUCAUAUAAUCUGCUACCAAUAAAGGAUUUCAAUACAUGUUUAUUGAAUGGAGAUGUCCAUCCUUCACAAAUGGGAAAAAAAUACAAUGGUUCUUCUGACAAUGCCAUUUUUCUUACCAGUUUCAUCAGUCCUUGCUCUCUGCCUACUAAGUUUAGAUCAAUAACAUAGCAUUCUUUAAAUUAUGUAACAUUUGUAUAACGUACCUUAAUUAUACGGUGAAAUGUAUGCCCAUUAUAAUAACCAUUUCUGCUGUGAACACAGAAGUUUUCCACGGUCUUGGGGCACCUAAUAGGAUAAAUAUUAAAGAUAUGAAACCUAUCUAAAUCAUCUUAAGACAGUUUUCUUUGCACUUCUGCCUCCUAAUGAUGUUUUUAAUGUCUUCUGAAUGUUUCAGAAGGAUAAGUCUUUUAUCAUAAUCUCUUCUAAUCUUAGGACAAGCAAGAGUAGAUGGGCAUGUAAAUAGGCAGUAUAUUAUUAUUUAAUGUAGUGUCGUUAGAUCAUGAUUGUUUAUUCGCGUUUGACUAUUUAGAUUAAUAUGGUGUACUAUUACUAUUACAUUGCUAGUAUAUUAAAUUGCUAGAAGUUCUCUCUUAGAACUGAGAAUGGAAGGGGAAUCAAGAUGAUCUUGAACCAAGUACACCAGUAAACAGAUUUAAUGGGUACAUGGGUUCUGACUGAAAUAAGACUACCCAGGAGUCUGGAACUGCGUAAUCCUUUGUUCAGUGCCAAACUAUGGUAUGACAGAAACAUUCAUAUCCCAAAUACAAGUACAUAAGUACUUUUAGGUAAAGGAUGUCACCUUCAAAUCAACAACAAUCAGAGAUACUCUGUUGUAUUUUGUAUUACAUGUUCAUUUUACGUACUUUUAAGCUAUCCAGAGUACUUUGAGCUUCUUUCAGUUGAAGCCUUUGUUUUUUUCUGGAAUUAGUUUUUAAAACAUACAGCUAUUGGGACUAAAGAAGAGGUACCAGGUGUCUAGCAAAUGUCAGGAAGGGAAAAAAAAAAAUUCCUUCCCUUACGGAUUUGUGUUAAGAGGAAGGCCAUGAGACCUAGAGCUGGGACUGUGUAGUUAAUGGUAAGAGUACUAUACAUUUAUAUUUGUAUAUCACUUUAUAGUUUACAUCAGCUGUUUCACAGGCAGUAUACUUCGUCCUCCCAACAAACCUUUAUGUAUGUAUAAAAUUUUCCCAUUUCCUAGGUAGAAAACAAUUAGGACAAGAAAGAUGCGCUAUCAGACAUUUCAGUUUUUUAAAAUUCCCAAGUCAAAAUAAUUAAGUUUCCUCAAAUACACAUAUUUACACUGUUGUUUAUUUAAGACAAUAAAUAAAAAGUACAUACUCAACCGGAAAAAGUUUGAUGUGAAUAUCUCCCAUGCUUGUAUGGAUAAUAGCACUAUCUGAAACUCGUUUAGGUCCUUCAGCUUGAGUAGCUGCCAUGACUUCUUCCUUAGAAGGUUUCUCAUUAAAAACAUCUCGGUCAGAAUCUGCACUUUUUGUAUCUUCUGGUUCUCGUUUGGUAAACUAGAGGAAAAUUUAAAAAAUGAAUGAAUUACUCUUUUUAUCUGGUGAAAAUUUAUGAACAAGCAAGUUUCAUUUCUAGUGAAGUAUUUGAGAAGAGUAAGAGUUCACAUUAGAAUAAAUAUUUCAGGAAUCAUAUCCCAUCAUAAGAUGUGUAAUGCAGUUAAAUUAUUUUUACAUUUGUCUAUGAUGAAAACAGUCUAUGUAAUAUAGUGGAAAUGUAUGGUUUCAGAUGGGAUUUAAUUUACUUUUGGAUGGAAACUUUCUUAGGUACACAUUUAACAGGAUACAGUUUUAUUUGAGGUAGCUCUAUUUCUCCCUUCUAGAAUAUCUUAGCCUGCCACCUGUUGUUGCUCACUUUUCACUGUUUAGAUUGCCUGGGUUUGAAUUCUAGCUUGGCCACCAGUAAGCUGAUUUCUUCUGUUUAUUCUUUCAUAAAAUAGGAAUAGUACUACCUCACAAUGGUAUCUAUUGUAAAAUUAAAUGACGGGACAUAAAGUGCUUACAGAAGUGUGCCUAACACAUUGAAAGCACUACACACACACACACACACACACACACACACAAUCAUUAUUACAACUAUCUGCAGUACCACAUGCUAGGAACGAUGGUGACUCACAAAGAUAAAUCGGUAAUAGGUCCUGACCCUUUUUUUUUUCUUUUUCUUUUUGCAGAGCCUGACCUGAUCUACCUACACCCUAAAGCCUGGCAGAAAGAAUGCAAAUUUUGAGUGAAAUUGCUAGAAAUCUCAGGAUCCCCUGGGUAUAGGGAGAAAUGAGAAAAAUCUUUGGUGGUUAAAAUUUUGGAAUUCUCAAGGCCUAUUUCUUUUACUUGACUCUCAGUAAGUAGACAUCCUCUCUCUUAAGCUCUACCUUAUGUCAGCUGAGUUCCAGGAAGGUGCAGCUAGUCCCCCAGUCCCUGUCUUGCCUAAUGUCAUUCUUUGAUCUGAUUGGAUAGAUUCCACAUAAAGUAACAACCAAGCUAGAAUGUUACUGCCUUAACAUCUUAUUCUACAGUUUAUAAAGGAAUGGCAUGUCUGUUUUACUAUUUAUUUAUAUGGAUUUUUAAAAAGUUAUCUCCAUUUAGCUUACAUGUGGAACUACUGAAGUUCAAGAUUUAUAAAAUACUACUUCAUUUCAUGAAUUUGAAAAGGAAUACAAAAUUUAUAUGUAAAAUGGUAUAAAUAUAUAAAUGAUAUGUCUAUAUAUAUAUACCACUUCAGUUUUGCUUAAGAAAAUGCACAUCUGAUAAGACUGAAAGACACUUUAUGAAAAUGUUAGCUGUAUAUGGAAACACUAUGAUUUAUUUAUUUCCUCAAACUAUACAAUGAACAUGUAUGGUUUAAUCAACAUCAUAAGCUUUGGAGAAAGAAAAAGAAAACAUAACUUGUUAAUAAAACAGAUGGAAAAUUAACAAAAUAUGUGUGCUUAGUGUGU